AGUGGCUGGACUUGGUCAGUUGGUUGUGGACCUUGUGGUUGUUGUUCCUCUCUCGGCUCUCGCAAAGCGCAAAAGUGUGAGUCAGUCAGUCAUUUGCAUCAAGGACUCAAGGUCUCUAUUCUCUAAGGUCUGAGUCUCUCAGACACAAAGCUCGGAUCUGAAUAUAUGUUUUUUCUGGAACUAAAAUCCAGAGAGCAGGAACCCUAACUCCCCUGUUUCAUCAGUUCGAACAAGAACAAAUCAAGGAAAGUAGGGAUGAUUCUGAGUUGUCAUUGACUGAUUGUUGAGAGGAGAGAACCAUGAUAUCUUUUUUCCUCCAUUACGACAAUCUUAUACUGCAGGCCGCACUCUCUCUAUGCGUCACAGUGUUCAUCAACUUGCUUAGGGUCCCAACUAGAUUCCUUGAAGGCCUUCACACUUAUAUUCACCCUGAGAAUCUUGGCAACGACACCAAUCAAUCCGGUUUCAGAGCAGCCAUUCGGAGGCCCCAAAACACUGAAUCCUCUGGUUCUGGUCUUGAGGGUUACAAAAGCCUCUCUUCAAGGGAUAAUGUAGAGCCGAAAAAGAAGAAUCGAUCCAAGGAGAAAUUCGAGUUCGACGAAAACAAUGCUCAGAUAUUCAGAUUGCCUCUUGUCGAUAGCCAUCUUCAAUCGCGUCUCUACUUUCCAGAGUAUCGAGACGCUUUUCUUUAUUCUGUUGUGGCUCUUUCUAGUCUUCUGCUCCACUGUUUCUUACACGUACCCGAGGGUUCUGGAAUGCUCGUUAGUGGAGCUGUAGUUCCAGUUUUGUUAGGGUUUGUUGCAGUUUGCAAGGUGUUGGUGUUGCUCGCUAAGGUGUCAUUUGAGAGAUCUGCAUCGAAGAGAUCGGAGAAGCAGAUAAGCAUUCUGGUGGGGUUUUUGGGGUUUCUGUUAGUGCUUGCGAUUGUUUCAAUGAUUGCACCUUCGGCGUUUGAUUUUAAACUCGAUUCGGUGGAUGGGUUCAGCCAAGUUUCUAUUGCUGUUCUUCUGGGUUGCCUUACGGGGUUUCUCUUCAUGCCCGCUACGAAGAGUGCCCGAUCGUUUUGGCUUGGAACAGAUCAGCUUCGUUGCAAUUUGUCAAUAAUUUCUUGUGGUUGGGUUACUCGAAUGCUUCUUCACGUUAAUUUGCUCUUGAUUAUAUUCACGUCAGUGCUUUGGAUUAAUCCGCUGGCAGAAAUUCUAGUUAACAAGAGGAAUUUCGAUACCAAAGUUGGCUGUUCGAGUCCGGCAACUGGAAAUGCUGAAAAAUUGGCUGGUAAUGUGGGAAUGGCGCAGUCGGAUUUCACUAAGCUUAGGCUUUGGUGUUUGCUGGUAUCGGGUUUGUUGCAGAUUGUGAUGCUGCGCCCAAACUUGCAAAUGCAUAUGAAUGAAGCAGUAUUAUCUUGGUACCAAAGGUUGCACGCCAGUAGGGUUCCGGACUUGGAUUUCAGUAGGGCAAAAAUCUUCUUGCAUAAUUAUUAUCUUUGUUUGGUCGUUUUGCAGUUUUUUGCACCGCCAGUACUGGUACUUAUCUUUCUUGGAUUAUCUAGGAUUGAAGGUGACUUAUUUGGAAGUAUUCCAUUUGUAUGCAGUUUUGUACCUUGUUCUGCUUUUGUAAAAGAAGUGGCCUUGUUUAUUGCUUGGUGGAUUGUCUUUGUUUGGGUCAUUUUUACUUCAUCAAGUCUUUUGUUGUAUCGUUGUGGGUUCUCGUAUAUUUCAUGACAGAUUUGUUCUUGCUUUUUGGUCUUUACUAUUAGGCUAUUGGGUUGGAUUCUUAAUAUUUUCUGAAUGAAGAAUUUUGUGCUUGUACGAACUUCUGUCAAGUGUUGCUAA